UUGGAGCUCUCAUCGCUCUCUUCAUGUUGCGUACUACGCCCCUUGUUGAUAAAAACGACUGUAAAAAGCUGUACAAUUAAAACCUUUAAUACAUAGGAAAAUAAGGAGCCAGGACGCUUUAUUUAAAAGCUGUUGUAGCUGGCUAAAACCAUGCAAAAGUAUGAGAAGUUGGAGAAGAUAGGAGAGGGUACGUAUGGGACGGUUUUCAAGGCUAAAAACAGAGAAACGCAUGAGAUUGUGGCCCUCAAACGAGUGAGACUGGAUGAUGAUGAUGAGGGGGUUCCAAGUUCAGCAUUACGAGAAAUUUGCCUCCUGAAAGAACUGAAGCAUAAAAACAUUGUAAGGUUGCAUGACGUCCUUCACAGUGAUAAGAAGCUGACAUUAGUGUUUGAGUAUUGUGAUCAGGAUUUGAAGAAAUACUUUGACAGCUGUAAUGGUGACUUGGAUCCAGAGAUUGUCAAGUCCUUUAUGUACCAGUUAUUGAAGGGUCUUGCCUUCUGCCACAGCCGAAAUGUUCUCCACCGAGACCUUAAACCACAAAAUCUGCUCAUCAACCGAAACGGUGAGCUGAAGUUAGCUGACUUUGGCUUGGCCAGAGCUUUUGGAAUACCUGUACGCUGUUAUUCUGCUGAGGUGGUGACGUUGUGGUACAGGCCUCCAGACGUGCUGUUUGGUGCUAAGCUAUACUCUACCUCUAUUGACAUGUGGUCUGCAGGGUGUAUAUUUGCAGAAUUGGCAAAUGCUGGACGGCCAUUAUUUCCUGGUAAUGAUGUGGACGACCAGCUGAAGAGGAUCUUUAGAAUGAACCUAAGCACACCGCAAGAAAUGUCGUGGAAUAAACUUCCUGAUUAUAAGCCGUACCCAAUGUACCCAGCUACUACAUCACUUGUGAAUGUCGUCCCGAAACUUAGCAGCACUGGCAGAGACCUACUACAGAAUCUUCUGAAAUGCAAUCCAGUUCAGCGAAUUUCAGCAGAGGAAGCCCUACAGCACCCUUACUUUGCCGAUUUCUGCCCACCCUAAAUGUCAGAUCCCCUUGACAUCAUUUAGGAACACAGAUGGGCCAGUCUUACCUCGUGAAACCCCUUCAACACCUCCAGCGUUCAGUUAUCUUUCAGUUUGAGUUUGGAUCACACCUGCUAUAGCAGGAUAGAGGGACCCUGAAACACUCCUCCCUCUACAUGUUUUGGUAAUAAUGAUAUGAUUAUGAUCGUGACUCUGUCUAAUGCAGAGUGUGGUGCUGUUGUCCUGCAUAAACCAUGUAUUCGACUAGAGUCUCCAAAAAUAGUUUUAUUACAUUAUGUGGUCUUAAAGGGAUAGUUCACCCAAAA